UCUGGGCUGUAAACAAACAGAAUGACAAGUUCAUUCCUUGGUUUUCUUAAAACAAAUAGUAAAAACUUGUGAAUGCUAAGAGUUUUCAAUUAAGGAGCAAGUAGCUCUCAAACUUGGCACACAUUAGAAUCAGCAGGGGAGCUUUAAAAAAAUCUCGAUAUUCCAGACCAGUUAAAUCCUAAUUUCUGGGGGUGGACUCAGACAUCGCUAUUAUUUAAAAGUCCCCAGGAUAUUCCAAGCUUGAGAAGCACUCAUUUAGAGCACACUUUACACACAAAUGUUCCUCACCCCUGACUCUGCAUCAGCGUUAAAAACCAUGACUGUCCUCUGCGACAAGUCAGAGACACUGGGCGGGGUGGGGGGAAUGAAAGGAGGGGCCUACUAGAUACCUAGAAUAGAAGCAGUUUAAAAGAGAAUAAAUCAGGCCCUGUUUGAAUCCUGAUUUGCACAAACAAACUAGUGAAUCCUGAUUGGCACACACUGUUAGGACCUGAGGGAAAUCUAAAUAUGGAUUUGCUAUUCGACGAUAUUGAGGAAAUACUGCUAACUUUGUUAGAUGUGAAAACAGUUACCUAAGAAAUGCCUUUAAUUUGAGAGAUGUCCACUGAAGUUUUUAGGGGUGUAAUGACAAGACAUCUGGCAUUUACUCUGCCAUUUAAAGGUAAAAAGAUGAAGCAAAUAUGGCAAAAUGUUAACUGUUAAAUUUAGAUCACGGAGAAGCUCCAUAGACGCGUCCAAACUCCCUGAAGGUCCAAAUUACUGGGCUGAGGGCUGUGGGGACCAUGGUCUCGGGGAACAUCUAGCUCAAUCGGCAGAACAUAGCUUAUAAAGAAAAUGUUCUACAUUCUAUUUUGGUGAAUAGCGCCUAGGGUGCUUAAAAGGUUGUGAGCGGCCAUCUAAGAUCCUCCACUGCCCUUACCCCAUCUGGAACAAGGGAGAAUGAAGACACAAAGGAAAGACACAAAGACACAAGGGAAAGAUUAGUCCAAAGGACUAAUGGACCACAACUACCGUGGCCUCCACCAGAAUCAGCCGAGCACAACUAGAUGGUUCCCGGCUACCACCACCAACUGCCCUGACAUGGAUCACAAUAGGAGGUCCCGGAUAGAGCGGGAGAAAAAUGUAGAACAAAAUUCUAACUCACCAAAAAAAAAAAAAACGGACCAGACUUACUGGUCUGACAGAGACUGGAGAAACAAGAGAACGGCCCCCGACACCCUUUUAACUCAGUAAUGAAGUCACUCCUGAGGUUUGCCCUUCAGCCAAAGAUUAGGCCCAUAAAAACGAGAAUAAAUGGGCACACCAGCCCAGGGGCAAGGACAAGAAAGGGGACAGGAAAGCUGGUAAUGGGGAACCCAAGGUUGAGAAGCGGAAAGUUUUGACAUGUCAUGGGAUUGGCAACCAAUGUCACAAAGUAAUAUAUGUAUUAAUUGUUUCAUGAGAAACUAGUUUGCUCUGUAAACUUUGAUCUAAAAUACAAUAAAAAAAAAUUUAGAUCAUGGAAAUACAAGGGUUCAUUAUUUUUGCUUUUACCUAUUUAAAAAUUCUUAUAAUAAAAUGUUUUUAAACGUUUUGAUGCAAGGGCCCCUCAGAUCCAGGUUAUGAUAGUUUCCGAUAGCUCCCAUAUAAUUCUUACAUAUUAGCCAGAGUUGGGAACUAUGAGGUUAUACUAUGAAGGUACACAUUGGGCUCUAAUUAAGCAAGCGUUGCCGACACAAAUCAUCUCUCACCUGAACUAGUCAGGCAGGGGAGAGUCCACUAAAAACUGAAGACUUGGGUUAAAAGUUUGUUUUCUUACUUUAAAUGUAAUAAUUCUAAUUGUCUACUUUAUAAAUUCCCCCAUUUAGCUUCGUUAGUUGUUUGAACUAUAGUUGAAUUUGAGGAGAAAAUGGAAAUAAUCUUAUGUGUAAGAUGAUAGUUUGGACACAUUUUAUGACUGAGUAGAAAGGCCUAAAAAGUAUGUUCAAAUUUGGCACUAUAUAUGAUCAGGGAACAAUUAAUAACUCAAAAUAUAUAAGUUUGAAAAAGUUUGGCUCUACCAUAAAAAUGAAUUCUAUUCACUGAUAGGUCUUUGAAGCAACAAUCCUGAAACAGUUCUAGAACUGAAUGGAAGGAAUCAUCAAUCACUAAGAGUCUGGAACUGACCAGUUCCAUUUUGGCAGUAUUCCCUGACUCCUAAGUCCUCACUCUCAAGUUUUUCUCAUGGGAAACAUAACCAGGAGAGGAGCCAGAGGUCUGGGAGUUGACAGCGCUGGCUCGGCGCAAGAAGCUACAUCCACAGCACUUCACACCAAACUCUGUGAAGCCAUCUUGAGAGAAGACUGCACUACGAUCAAGAUGCUCCUACGAAAUCACCCCGUCAACCAGCCCAUCACCAUUCUGGCCAACUCCACCAGCUACAGAUUACUUCUGGACCAGACACAGUCUAUCAUCCCCAUUCACCUGGCAGCUGAGUAUCGCAAAGCCCAAAGUCUGCUUUGUUUGUUAGAGCAUGGAGCUGACCCAGAAGUAAGGGACACAAGGGGCUUCACCGCCCUUCACCUGAUGCUGUUGCAUUGGCCAAUCACCUCUACCACGGAGACAAAGCCGGGGGACAGGAUCCAGAGAAUCCUGACCAACAUCCAGAACAACGCUGUCACGUGUCUCCGCAUCUUGUGUGAACAUGGCGCGCAAGUGAAUGCUCGAGUAGACAACAGCAACAAACACUCACCCCUGCACCUGGCUAUAACAUAUGGGACCUACCCAGUUCUCUCCAUUUUGGCCCAAAAUGGUGCUCACGUCGAUGCUACUAAUGAAUCCAGCAUGACCCCCCUUCACAUGGCAGCGGAUAUCUUGAACAAGGAGAUGAUGGAAACGCUCGUGGCCUGUGGCGCAAAUGUCAACUGCGCGGUCUCAUCUACGGGGAACACAGCCCUCAAGCUGGCGGUGUGCACCGCAUCCAGCAAAGCAGGCCGACUGUUGGCAGCAGGUGUCAGCUGUAUCCGUUUGCUCUUGAUUCAUGGGGCCAAAGUCAAUGCCCAGGACCACGAAGGCCAAACGGCUAUGCACGAGGCGUGUUUUGGAGGCAGAGAGGCAAUAAUCAAUCUCUUGCUUGAAUUUGAAGCAAAUGUUAACAUUUUAACGAGGAACGGGGAAUCUCCAAUUUACAUGUACCUUCAGCGCAGCUCCAAUAUCAGAGACACUGCCCUUCUCACCAGGCUACUUUAUCACUCCUAUCCUUUGAGACUGACCAACCACCAUGGAAUUCUACCUGCAGGAGUCAUGCUACCAGAAUUCCACCUCUUGAGGGAAACCCUAAUAAAGUUAUCUCAAAAACCCUUAUCCCUAGAGGAUAUCUGUAAAAGAAACAUCAGGAACAUUUACGGCGAGAAAUACAAACAAAACUUGAAACAUCUUCUCCCAGUAAAGAUAUGGAACUCGGUAUACAGUUACGACUUAGCUUACCUCUUGAAAUAAGGCUUCCAAGUUUCACGGUGCCGUAGAAUUUGAGCAGCUCACAUUCUCUAGGCUCUAGGCUACACAUGUACUCAGAAAACACUCAGCCCAUCACCUUGUGCACCCCAGACGUACAAACGAUUGAUUCCUAAACCUUUUGCAUAAAAUAAAGUGAUUCGAAUAUUGACUUUCUUUUGUUCCUAAAUUUUCUGUUAAAUGCAUUUUCUACGAUUUAAUUUUUGCCUGGAAAAUUGAAACAAAUUAAUUUAAGACUCUGC